GAGAGAGAGAGAGAGAGAGAGAGAGAGAGAUGGAGAAGAAUAGGGUUUUGUGUUGGAUGUAUAGCCCGAAAUGCUUUCGCAACCCCUCUACAAAACCCCACAAAGAAAAUGGCGACUUUGAGGAGAAAGAAACCUCUCAGAGAAAGCCUGGAGGAUGGAAAACCAUGCCGUACAUCAUAGGAAAUGAGACGUUUGAGAAGUUAGCAACGCUUGGUUUGCUCGCGAAUUUCAUCGUAUAUUUGCAGACCAAGUAUCAUUUAGACCAGGUGUUUGCCGCAAAUAUCAUCUAUAUAUGGUCCGGAGUCUGUAACUUCCUCCCACUUGCAGGGGCAUUUUUGUCCGAUGCUUAUUUGGGACGUUUCGGAACCUUGGCUUUCACGUCUGUGGCCUCCUUCAUGGGAAUGGUGGUCAUGACCCUAACCGCCGCGCUCCCUGGCCUCCGCCCACGACCUUGCUCCCGCGGAAGCACCUGUGAGCAUCCAACAGCAGGGCAAUUCUCCGUACUCUACGCUUCUCUCUUUCUCCUCGCAGUCGGGGCCGCCGGCAUAAGGCCCUGCAGUCUCCCUUUCGGAGUCGACCAAUUCGAUCCCUCGACCCCAAAAGGAAGACAAGGAAUAAACAGUUUCUUUAACUGGUAUUACUUCUCCUUCACCUUCGCCAUGAUGAUUGCCCUCACUCUGGUUGUGUACAUACAGAGCAGUGUUAGUUGGGCUCUGGGGCUUGGGAUACCUGCUUUUCUUAUGUUUGGUGCGGUUGUGAUGUUCUUUUUCGGGAUGAAGGUUUAUGUUUAUGUGGAGCCAGAGGGCAGUGUUUUCAGCAGUGUUUGCCGUGUUUUUGUUGCGGCUUUCAGAAAGAGAAAGUUGAAGAUGGAGGAAAUGGUGGGAUGUGUGAUGUAUGAACCGGAGCCCGUUGGAACCAAGCUGAAGCUUACCGAUCAGUUCAGAUUCCUCUCGAAGGCCGCAAUAAUUACAGAUGCCGAUGAACUGAACCCUGACGGCUCACCUGUCGAUCCAUGGCGCCUCUGUCCGGUUCAACAAGUAGAGGAGGCCAAGUGCUUACUGCGAGUUGCCCCUGUAUGGGCCUCUGGUGUAAUAUGCUUCACUGCAGUGGUCCAAAUGGGCACUUUCUCAAUCAACCAGGCAACGAAGAUGGACCGGCACAUUGGUCCCAAUUUUAAAAUUCCACCCGGUUCACUUACUGUGUUUGCUAUGCUGACCCUCACCUUCUGGAUCCCGAUUUAUGACAGAGUAAUUGUUCCCGCCCUCCGGCCCAUCACAAUGAAAGAAACCGGCAUUACUCUUCUCCAGCGUAUGGGAAUUGGCCUCUUCAUAUCAAUCAUAUCUAUGCUGGCAGCUGCUAUUGUUGAGUCUCAUCGCCGUAGCUCGGCCUUGACACAUCCCUUGCCUGACGGACUUGCUGCCAUGUCGGCUCUGUGGCUCGUGCCUCAGUUUGUUCUGAGUGGCCUUGCAGAGGCCUUCAAUGCGAUCGGUCAGAUAGAGUUCUACUACAGGGAGUUUCCUGAGAACAUGAGGAGCUUAGCAGGUUCCCUGUUCUUUUGCACCAUGGCUUUUGCCAACUUCUUGAGCAGUUUUAUAGUGAACAUUAUUCACAGGUACACAGGAAAGAAUGGCCAUCCGAACUGGUUGGAAAACAACCUAAACCUCGGUAGGCUCGACCUCUUCUACUAUUUUAUCGCGGGAAUGGGUGUGGUGAACUUGGUGUAUUUCAUGGUAUGCGCGAAGUGGUACCGGUACAAAGAUACGGUCACGAAUUGGGACGAGGAGGUGAAAUCAAAGGCUGAUAUUGAAUCCAAACCAUAUCAGCUUGAAGCACUCGACUCCAAGGCUUAGUUUGGUGAAAGUCUAGAUUUCACCAUACCUAAUCACAGCAAAUUUGAAAAGGAGGUGGAUCCUCACCUAUCUACCCUUGGGGUAUAGUAGAUAAAAGGAUUUUGAACGGUGUUUCAAGGCAAAUAUAAAUUAGUGUAAGAUAAUUGGAAGGCUUUCUUCAGUAAUUCAUGUGCCUACGUAAGAA